UUCAUUUUCAACACAGCUUGUCCUGGUCAAGGUCACCGGGGGCAUUGGAGCCUAUCCCAGAAUAAGAUUUGUUCGAUCCAUGGUGAAAGCGGCAGCUGUGGCCAACGUUCCUAAACAUGUGGAUCAUUUCUCCAAAUUUUCGCCAUCUCCGCUUUCCAUGAAGCAAUUCUUGGAUUUUGGUUCAACCAACGCAUGCGAGCGCACAUCAUUCAUCUUUCUGCGCCAAGAGCUUCCUGUGCGUUUAUCGAACAUCAUGAAGGAAAUCGAUCUGCUGCCGGACAAACUGCUGGCGACACCCUCCGUGCAACUGGUCCAGAGCUGAAAAGUGUGAAGAUGAAGUGUACCAAGUGUGGCUUUAAGGGUUUGGAGAAGGAAGACCAUUUCUGCAGAGAGUGUGGCUUCAAUUUGUCAGUCCAGCCUCCCAACAACCAAGGAAAUGAACCAGCCUCCUUGGUACCAGAUUUGGAAGCUGCGACCAAUACAACAGCAAAACGCAACCAUUCUGUAGACAACAAAUAUUCUAAGAAAAAGAAAAAGGCAGCAGAUCAGUCCUCCUCAAGAGAGGACCAGUCUGGUUCCUUUGCUGACAAUACCAACAAUAAUGAUGCGCAGACUGAAAACAGUCAGUCUGAAGUCACUUCAGGUCUGUAUGGCGAAGAAGAUAAAGAUGAGAGCAAUGCACAAAAAUCAGUUCAAGAUUCAGGUACGACUCAGCACUCUGAUGACAGCACAAGUUUCGAUGCUAACUCGGGUGCAGGCGAGACUUCCGAGGCCGGCGACACAAGUACCGAAGAGACCAAAAAAAGCGAGUCAGAGGGAGAGAACGAUCAAGCCGUGUGUGACCAAAACGCCAACGUGGACAACAAGGAAAGCGCACAUGAGAAGGAACCAAAAGUGAACCAGCCUGGCACUGUAGAACAGACAAUGAUCUUUGGCCCCCAAGCUCAACCAUCCAAGGUGCUUGCUCAAGACAGAGGCUCCAGCGUAGACCCACACAAUGCAACGGAAGACAUGGUGCUCCAAAGGUCUAAUGCAAACUAUCAUUCCCAACAUGCCACCAUUCCAACUCAACCAACCGACGCACGACUCACUAUUUACUUCCAUGCCAUCCUCUCAAAAGAUUUCAAAUUUAAGCACAAUGAAGAUUCUAUCUACAUCAGAGCUGGGCCUCCUUUAGCAAAAUGGGAACACAUUGCAGUGCGGCUAGAUGUGGCCAGGGAUUUGAACGAGCAUGGCUUUUUGGUCCAAGGCGUUCUGAAGACCAACAAAACACGCAUUGUGUGGCAGUCAAUACCUUACAAAUAUGUUGUCUACAAGAAGGCACAAGAAAAGUUAAUAUUCGAAUACAUCUACAAAGAAAAUUCAGAUCAAUCCAAGACCAACAGAUGCUUGUUUGUUAAACCUCACCUCCUCAAUGAAGACGGGGAAUGGCAUCAAUAUGACGACAUUGUGUGUGUUAAGCCAGAAAAAGGCAUAUGGAAACAAUUGUAUGAAGGCGUGAAAAGUGUUUGGACUGGCCAGAGGAAACAACUGGUUCAAGGCAGAGACAUAGCAGGGGAGAUAAUGAUGGACACAAUCUUUGAUCUUCUCCGGACAUGGACAGAAAAGAAUUUAAAAACAUUUCUAAAACAGCUGAGUCAGUUUUUUGAUAUCUAUUCAAACCCAUCUACACAUGAAGGAUCGCGGCACACGAAAUGGACCUCCUUAAACUAUGACGAGAACCAUGUGCGGAAUUCGAUCAAGGACUUCAUGUUGAAAAAUGUGACUCCGCGGGUACAACCGAAUGUAAAUCCCCCCCAAAAUAGUUUGUACAUUGAAGACCCUCUGCGAGCGGCUGCGAUCAUGCUCUACGUGUGUGAACAGUACCGUAUCAAACUGGACAUUACCAACCGCCUCUACCUUUGCGCUGAGCUGUGUUUACCCAAACUAGACAAAAGUGGCUUCCUUGAGUACUGGAAAGAUUUGUCACGGGAUCUUGCUCUUCUUCCAAGCCUGCCAAGCAGCUUGUGCUCUCUUAUGAAAUCUGUGAAAGACAGUGGGCACCCCCAAUGGAUUUUGGCAUUACCCCUCUUUCACCUCCUCGACGGAAAGGAUGUACAACCUUUUCAGGUGCUGACAUCUGGGCAUGGUCUGAAAGAUCUUGGUUUGGGCAAAAUUAACAAUGAAAGUGACAGGAAGAGCUUGCUCAAGAUGAUGAAAGACAAGCGUCAUUUGAUGGAAGUGGAUCCGCUUGCAGCACGAUCUGGGUUUUACCUGAUGUCACUCGGUGAACUUAAAGAUUGCAGUAUCAACAUGAACAUCCAACUUUUGGACAUGCUCAAUGUUUUCAGCCUCAAAGCACCAAAGAGCAUCGGCUAUUAUAACUCUAAGUAUGUAUCUGAAUUUCUUUCUCACAUCCAAAGCCAAGUCCUUGACAUGAAACACAGUGAUGUCUUGGAGGCUGAUGCAAGAUCGUGUCUGGCUGCAGCAGUUAAACUCUUUGAGAAGAUUUGCAAAGGAGCCACGUCGUCCUACAAGGACAUUCCUGUAGAAUGCAUGAAACUGGUUGCGUCCGUGUUUGAUUUGGCUGUUCCAUACAUGCAACAGGAGGCUGAAGGAGAUGGAAAGCUGCCAUAUGCAGAAGAGAUCUCAAAGGCAAUGCGCAACAUGAGAUCUUGGAUGAGUUCGGAAUUCAAGGAAAAUUUGCUAAUCAGGAGUUUUCCAUUUCUCAACCUUGAGGCUACGCAGGAAAUGGAAGUAUGGAACCACAUACUUGGAAUCCACUUCAACAAUAAUAGCUGUCAGAAUGAGUGGAGGCUGAAAUUAUCUUCAGAUUUUGAGGGCAGGUAUAAAAAGGAAAAAUCCGAGGAUCAAAUUGCGUUUUACUGCGCAAAAAUAGAAAAGCUGGAAAAUUCGCUUCAAAAUGUGUCACCUAUUAUUGAGAAGUGUGCGCUCGAGGCUGUUACAUCUGUAUGCCAGAUCAAAUCAGAGGUCCAACUGCUUGAGAAUAUCAAGAUGAACAACAAAUUUGUGAAAAUUUUCUCAGCCAUUCUCAAAAGUUCCUGGCCAAAGGAUCAACAAGGAAAUUAUGAGGAGAAAGAAGAAGUUGUCCUUCAGCACCUUCUCACGUGGACUGGUGCCAAACACAUUUUACAGCUAUCUGAUGCAGAGGAAAACCUUUUUGACAUGCUCACCUUGGAUGCCAAAGACAGAGUCACUUUUGCCAUGUCAAUAUUGGCCAACAUCAAAACUCAGUUUAUUAACGGAAAUAUUCCACUGAAGCUGCUCCGAAUGCUUGUGGCAGAUCAAAACUCCUUCAUAGAUCUGCUGAAGAGUGAGGAUACUGACAAAAUGAAAAAACUUCUGAAGUAUCGAGCAGGUGAACUUGAUGAUGUAGACAAAGAGAAGAAGCAAGUGGAUGCCUUGCUCACAAUGAUCCGCCACCUUGACGAAUACAUGGCGGUUGAUGUCUGUGAGAUGGAUGAGUUACGCCGCGUCAACAUGGAGAUGAUACCCCUUGACCGUUUUAUGGAAGUUCAUCCGUUUGACCAAAUUCCCCCAGCUCUGGCUGGCGUUGUCACUUAUUUCAAAAUGAAUGAACGCAUCAGACACAUGUCCGAUGUUUUGUACAAAUUCAAAGACAGCCACGUAUUCAUAUUGUGCUGGAAAGAACAAGGCAGACUUCCUGAAGCAGACACCUUGGACGAUAAGGAAGAGGUACCUCGCAAAACGCUGACAUUCGACGAGCUUUGCCAGGAUAUUUUCGAGCCUUGCAGAGACAAUUACACGAAGAUCUACAAUGGUUUAAAGGAUGGCAGUAUCGGGCUAAAGGAGGUGAACCGGCUUUUCGGCAAUUAUAAGGGCAAGUACGCAGAGCUCGAACGAGACCUGGAGAUCAUGUGCAGCAUUGACAUGUCGACAGAUAAGCGAUGGAUUCACACCAGGCUUCAACAAAUUGAGCAAUUUCACGAACUCCGUCAAGCAGCGGAUUCAGCUGAGGUCAUCUUGGCCGUCAAAGAGACGCUCUGUCUUCAAGGAGACUUCAGUGUGCUGGAGACGCUCUUGGAUGUUAGUCAUGCAGACACUCAGGAGAAGGAGCUGCGGUGCAUUGACAAUGCCUUGAUAGAAGUCAAAAAGGAUCUGGUUGACAUCACGGAGCCUCGUAGACUUUGCUUAGAUGAGCUAAAACUCAGAGGCCAUUUUGUAAAAUGGGUGAAAGAUGCACUGAAAGAUCUGAAGGACCUGAAGGUGUUUGUUGACCUUGCUUUCAUCUCUGCGGGAGAGAACGACAUGGAGGUGGACCGUGUGGCUUGUUUCCACGAUGCCAUUCAUGGCUACGCUCCCGUCCUGUACGAGCUGCCACCAAAUUCCGGUUUUCUGGCCUUCAAAGAGGUUUUAAAGAAACUCUGGAGUGCUCUCGACAAGGACAACAACCUCCCCCAAAAAAUGCGUGACAGUGGCCGCCAUUUGGAAUGGCUGAAGACUGUUAAGGAUAGUCAUGGCUCAGUGGAGUUGUCUUCCAUGGCUCUGGCAACAGCCAUUAACAGAAAGGGCAUCUAUCGGAUCCGUGCAGUGAAUGGAAAAAAGGUAAGUCUGGACACUGUCUUAGACCUGGAAAUUGUGGAGGAGGAGGAGUAUCAGGAGGAGGAGGAGUAUCAGGAGGAGGAAGAGUAUCAGGAGGAGGAAGAGUAUCAGGAGGAGGAAGAGUAUCAGGAGGAUCAGGAGGAGUAUCAGGAGGAGGAAGAGUAUCAGGAGGAGGAAGAGUAUAAGGAUGAAGAAGAGUAUAAGGAUGAAGAAGAGUAUAAGGAUGAAGAAGAAGAUGAGAUGCACUACUAUUCUCUGGAAGAUGUGCGGGAGCUGCGGAACAAACUGAUGCUCAUGUCUGGGAAAGGCGAUCAGGGACAGCAAGAAGUCAACUACUUUGCAGAGGUCUUUGCUGGUGUUCAAAGACUAGCUGAAGCUUUCAUCGCUCUCUACACUGCUGGAAACCCUCUUUUCAGACACUGGGAAGUGAAAGUCCACUGUUGCCUCAAUGGGAAUGUCAACAUUGAGAUGAACUUCAACCUUGGGAAAAACGUUCAUUUUUUGACCAUUGAGGACAGCCUUCCUGAACUUUGCCUCAAAAUGGAGAACUGCUUGGCCCUUUGGAUGGAAUUCCUGGACACACAGCGAUUUCAGCAUUACUAUUUGAACUACUUCACAGCGGAACAAAUCUUCUUCCUAUGCAGCAAUCUGUCAGAAGAACACGUCAAACGUGUUGAUGAUCAAGUUCUCAUGAUGCUGUCCUUUAUCAAGUCCCACUGCACAGCCUCGGAUGUAUGGCGCGUGUGGGAUGAACUUCAAAAUGAAGUCCUCACACAUCCACAAGAACAAAAUGAGGAAUCUGAGUUCCAGGAGAUGAAUGCUGAGGUACAAGCAAACAGAUUUGAAAGUUUCAAUCAGAUAUGGGAGGACUACAUGAAAGACCCAAAGCACAUUCUUGACAUACAAAGUCUUGGAAAACUACUGGAAAGGCUGGCUAAGAAGGAUGAUGUUUCUGAAGAGCAGGUUGAGAACUUCAUAAAGAGAGAACUCCCGAAAAGCAUGGCAGCUGGAAAGCCAAACCUCCUUGUUUGCCCUCAGACGGCAGUGUUAACCUCUUGCAUCUCCAUUUAUAUGAGCAGUCACGAUCAGCCACUCCCAACUUACGAUGAGGUCCUGCUGUGCGAUUCCACUUCAACUUAUGAGCAGGUGGAGCUUUUUCUUAGGCGUUGUCUCAGCGCAGGUUGCAAGGACAAGAAGAUAUACUGUCUCCUGUUCGGGGAGCUGCUUCCGUACGACGUGAGUUCUAAAGUUGAAAAGUUUUUUCAGCGCAUGAACGUCCGCUGUACGGCAGACUACAGGCUUGUUCUUCUGUGUAGCUCUGAAAAAGAACAUGCCUACCUUCCAUCAGCUUUCAGUCAGUACAGGUCGCAGUUUGUACCUCAAUUGUCACUGAUCAGCAUCCAAAAGUACCUCCAGCAUCAUUAUGUGGUUCCGACCAAUCAGUCAAGUGCAGCUGCUGUAUUCAAAGAUGGCCUCUGUGUUGGCACCGUCUCAUCGGAAAGGGCUGGUGUUGGUAAAUCACUUUACAUCGAGAGGAUUUACCAAUCACUGAAGGAAGCAACUGAGAAACGCGCAAGUAGGAAAUGCAUUCGCCUGAUUGAACCCAGUGUCGAUGAGCAUGCCAUCCUUCAGUCUCUUUUGGAAAGCGCCCGAGAGAACAAACUUACCGUGUUUCAUUUUGACAUCACUUCGUCGGUGAGGAAAGGUAUCCACGAGUUUCUCUUCAAGUUGUUGAUUCUACGUUACCUAAUGGACUCGGAGGGAAACACCUGGAAGUGCAGUAAUAAGGAUCUUUAUGUCAUUGAGUUUUUAGAAGAAACCGUCAAGCCAGGCAAAAAUGCUUCAGCUCAGACUGCUACCGCUAUCAGCUCAUUCGCAGACGUGUUCCCCAAAAUUAUUUGCCGGCCACCGAAAGAUGUCUUGGAGCUCGCAGUGAAGAAGGAAGAACAUUUCAAUGACAACCCACUGAUGGAUGUCAAAGUGUUCAAGAGUUCAGCCUUCCAGCGACCAUACCAGUAUCUCCGAAGAUUUCGUAAUAACAUUAGCCUUGAUGGGUUCAAUUACAAGAGCAACAACUCUGAUGGUUCGGAGGUGGAAUGUCUUCAGCUGCUUCUCAUAUACUGUGGCAUUCCUGAUCCUUCCUGGGCGGAACUUAGAAACUUUACUUGGUUUCUCAAUCUGCAGCUGCAAGACUGUGAGAAAUCUGUGUUCUGUGAUGCCGUUUUGACAGGAGACAUUCUCAAUGGGUUUAAAACCUUUGUGGUGGGUUUUAUGAUUGUCAUGGCAAGAGACUUUGCCACACCAUCACUGAGUAUCUCUGACCAGAGCCCUGGGAAAUCACAAAUGGACUUAAAUAACGCGGAGGAGGACUUGGCUCCGUUUUUGAUUCGAAAAAGAUGGGAAAAGGAACCACACCCGUACAUUUUCUUUAAUGAGGACCACUCAUCUAUGACCUUCAUCGGAUUCUAUCUUCGACCCAAUUCACAGAAUGCAUAUGAUGCAAUUGAUCCAAGUUCCGGUACGGUUAUCAAAACAAACGUGAUGUCAAAGGAAUUGUUUCAAGAACUGCACAAUCAGGGUGUUCCUUUUAACAUCAACUUUGAUGGCCUACGCAGAAGUGAAAAAAUACAGCGACUAUGCAAUGUUCUUGGAAUCAAGGAGCCUUUUGACCCGGAUCCAACAUAUGAGCUGACAACGGACAACAUCCUGAAGAUGCUGGCAAUUCACAUGCGUUUCAGGUGUGGCAUACCUGUCAUCAUCAUGGGAGAGACCGGAUGCGGGAAGACAAGACUCAUCAAAUAUCUUUGCGAGUUGCGCAGGAACCGCGUCGCCGCUGAAAAUAUGAAACUGGUCAAAGUGCAUGGCGGGACAUCAUCACAGAUGAUUUACGCCAAAGUGAGAGAAAGCGAAGCUAUGGCUUCCUCCAACAAACAAAAACAUGGAUUCGACUCUGUUCUCUUCUUAGACGAGGCCAACACCACAGAGGCUAUAAGCAGUAUCAAGGAGGUACUCUGUGACAAGACAGUCAAGGGGGUGGCUUUGGUUCCCAACAGUGGAUUGCAGAUCAUCGCCGCGUGCAACCCUUACCGAAAGCACACCGAUAAGAUGAUCAAGAGGCUGGAAUCUGCAGGUCUUGGGUACAGAGUCCGGGCUGAGGAAACGGAUGAAAAACUAGGCUCAAUUCCUCUCCGCCAGCUAGUCUAUAGAGUUCAAGCAUUGCCACCAAGCAUGAUCCCGUUGGUGUGGGACUUUGGCCAGUUAAACGAUCAGACGGAGGAAAAAUACAUUGAGCAAAUUGUGACGAGAGUUGUGCAAAGUCGAGAGAUUCCGCAGAAGUACUUCAAAUGGAUUACACUGUCUCUCUCCUCCUCACAAAAGUACAUGCGUGGAAGGAGUGAUGAAUGUAGCUUUGUUAGCCUGAGAGAUGUCGAACGUUGCAUGCAGGUUUUUGUUUGGCUCCAUGACCACCACAGAGAUUUCUUUGUAGAGCUCAGAGAAUUUCACCGGAGUCAAAACAAGAAAAAACAACGGGGUCCAAACGAGCCAGAGGAACGAGAUCCAGUAUUGUGGUCUCUAAUUAUAGCCUUAGGUGUGUGCUACCACGCUUGCCUUGAACAAAAGAAAGAGUACAGAAACUGUCUCAGCAAAAGUCUGCCGUCAUUUUACACUCCGGCAAAAAUAAUGGAGGAAAUCACACUGAUGCAGGACUUACUCUUGAGUGGCGUGCCAAUGGUUGAAACGAUUGCAAGAAAUGCCGCGCUCAAAGAAAAUGUUUUUAUGAUGGUUUUCUGCAUUGAGCUCAGAAUUCCGCUUUUCUUAGUGGGGAAACCUGGAACCUCAAAAUCUCUGUCCAAGACACUGGUGGCAGAUGCAAUGCAGGGCCAAGCUGCACACUCUGAGCUCUACAAAAUGUUCAAGCAGAUUCAUUUGGUGUCCUUCCAGUGCAGCCCACACUCCACAUCAGAAGGGAUCAUCAAUAUUUUCAAACAAUGUGGACGCUAUCAGGAAGGAAAGAAUCUGGAGGAGUACAUUUCAGUCGUUGUCCUUGAUGAGAUUGGGCUGGCUGAAGACUCUCCACAAAUGCCACUUAAAACCCUUCACCCAUUGUUGGAAGAAGGUUGCAUUGACGAUGAGCCGCUGGCACACAAAAAGGUGGGCUUCAUCGGCAUUUCCAACUGGGCUUUAGACCCCGCAAAGAUGAACCGAGGCAUUUCUGUCUCUCGGGGUGAUCCUGAUAAGAAAGAACUGAUUGAGAGCGCGGAAGGCAUAUGCUCAUCUGACGUGAUGGUCUUGGAGAAAGUCAGGGAAUUGUUCACCUAUUUUGCACGAGCCUACAUAAAUAUUGUCUGCAAGGAAGGCAAAGGAUUUUUUGGCCUGCGUGACUAUUACAGCUUGAUUAAGAUGGUUUAUGCAAUGGCCAAAAUUUCCCGAAAAGAGCCCACCAUGAAGGAGAUCACAAAGGCCAUUUUGAGGAACUUCAGCGGCAAAAAUGAUGUGGAUGCCAUGGCCGUCUUUAAUGAAAAUUUUUGCCUUGCAUCCGACCCGGAGAACAUCAGCGCCAUUGAGUUUGUGAGAGAAAACAUUCAGUCGGCUGGACAAGAGGAAGAAUGCCGCUACUUGCUGAUCCUAAGCCGAAAUUAUGCAGCCCUCCAGAUCUUGCAGCAAACCUUUUUUUCAGAGAUUGGUCAGCCCGAAAUCAUUUUUGGAUCCAGCUUUCCUAAAGACCAGGAGUACACUCAAAUCUGCCGCAACAUCAACAGAGUCAAGAUCUGCAUGGAGACCGGUAAAACUGUUGUGCUUCUGAACUUGCAGAACCUUUAUGAAAGUCUCUACGAUGCCCUCAAUCAAUAUUAUGUCUACUUGGGAGGGCAGAAGUAUGUGGACCUUGGCCUUGGAACCCACCGUGUCAAGUGUAGGGUGCACAACAACUUCCGGCUUAUUGUCAUUGAAGAAAGAGAGGUGGUCUACAAACAGUUCCCAGUACCUCUCAUCAACAGGCUGGAGAAACAUUAUCUGGACAUCUACACCGUCCUGACAGCAGCCCAGAAGAGGAUGGUCGAGAAAUUAGAUGAAUGGGUCAGACGCUUUGUUUCAGUCAGCAAUCGCAUUGACUUGAAUCAGACGUACAAGUACCAUCCAUCAGACGUCUUCAUUGGCUACCAUUCAGACGCUUGCGCUUCUGUGAUCCAUCAAGUGAUCGAAAAGACAAAGGAUGAUAUGGAAAUCGGCGAUGCUGAGCAGAGACUUCUCCAAGAGGGUAAAUUUGUACUGCUCAGGUGUACCACCCCGGAUUCAGUGAUGCGGUUGGAACAGACCGAUCUUCCCAAUGGAGAAAGUGAAGAACUUGCCAAUGUCUACUUUGAACAUCAAAACAACAACUGCCUGGUUGAGUUCAUCGUUGCUCAUACAAGACAGGAAGUCCAUCGCGUUGCCUCCUUCACAGAGGUCACAACGUUCUCCAGACUUCUCACUGCACCCGACUUAAAACCAUUGGAGGAUAUGUUGCAAAGUGUCACGCUUCUCUCACUCCAGCAGUUUGACGCGGAACACCUCUUCUUGAAGGAAAUCAGAAAUUUCAUCACCGCUGACAAACAAAACUUAUACGAAGGACCCGGUGACAAGGUCCUCAUCGUGCAGAGUGAAUUCAAGGAGGCCACUCAUAGUCUCCAUCUAAUUGCAUCUGCAAAGUAUUCCGCUGUAAAUGAAAUCACCAAGAUCACUCAAGAUGGCUUGGACUCCAGGGUUUUCGUCUACUUUAUCACCAGGCUUCCAAGGGUUCAAGGAGGGACUUGCUAUGUUGGAUUUCAUGGCGACCCCUGGACGUCGGUGCAUCUAGAUGACCUCAGAAAGCCAAAGGACAUAUUCACAGCCAUUAGAAAACUGCAAAACACAACAAUUUGUCAGCUGUUUGAAACAAACAUGAACCAACCUCAAGCUCUGGAGGCGGGUGAGGCGGGUGAGGCGGGAGAGGUUGGUGAUGCGAAUGAGGAGGAAGCAGACACAAUGGAUGUGGAGCAUAACAAAGAUGACACUGCCCUGGACACCACAGCAUUGGUGCGGAGCUGUGUGCAGAGUGCAGUCGGCAUGCUCAGGGAUCAGCAAGGCCGGGGCUGGCGCAGCACUCAAAGACUUGAGACUCUUCUGAUUCUUCUCAGUGACACUGACCAAGUAAAAGGUGACUUCCUGCAAAUUCUGAAGAACCGUCUUUACUUAUUGCUAGCAAGUGAGAGCAACUUUUCAUCCGGCUCAAGCAAUUGGGUCAAUCUGGUGGCUUCUAAUAUUGACGCUUUACAGGAAGGAGGUACAUUUUGCCACUCUUUAUGGAAACGCAUUCAGGCCGUGGUGACCCCUGCCUUGGCUCAACUGGUUUCAGUCAUUGACGCUGACCAAAACCUGGACAUCUUACUGGAAGACCAAAGUCCCUCUGUGAAGAGGUUGUGGUUACACAUCUUUGCAGAUGACAAGUUGCUGGAAAUUCCACAGCCAUCUCUUGAUUCAGAGACAAAAACAAUUCCUGUACGAAGCUGCAUCGCUCAAGGCAGGGACUUUACCUUCAACAUGCCUUUCUGUGGGAGGAUCAAGCACUACUUAGAGGAACUCUGGGUUCAUGCGCGUCAAAAUGAAGGUCAUACUCAAAGAUUCAUUGAUUUCUUUGCCAAAACAUCAUUGGGACAAUACAUAGCAAAAGACACCCCAGAGAUGCAGUAUGAGUUCUUUGAUCGUUACCUGUGUGGUUUUCUCUUCUUGACUAUUAAUGUCAACCGUCAAGUGGAUUUGAAGCUGUUGCAUGCAGCUUUGAACAGCUGUGUCAAUGAACUACGCCAGCAAUUUAAUGACAACGAUGCAGUUCCGGCGCUUCCGUGGGUCCAUGCUGCCUAUCACCAGUCCAAGAACCGACUCCAGAACCUAUUCAGAAUGGUCUGCCUUGAACCGCAGGUGACUGACAACCUCUUAACAACUCCUGAAUUCACGGAUGGAGUUGAGCUGGUGCUUGAUGUGUAUGCGGCUCUUGUUUGCCUGGAAUACCUGGAACCUGGACCCCUGGAGACAAAUGCCCAAAGGCAAGCCUGGGUUAGACGAGUAAACAAACUCAAGGUCCCGAUUGAGCUGGUCUGCUCGGAGGAGAGUGUAAGACACUACCGAGACAGGAGCAAGACGAUUGCCAGCCAAGUUCGCGCUCGCUGGAAUCGGAUAUUUUCACUGUCCUUAUUCGCGGAGCGCUUUGAGACGCAACAGAACGAGGUAACACCUUUCGUGAUGAAACACAUGAGACGACUCAACCAGGCUCUCGAAAACAAUUCUGACCUUAAAAGUCAGCAGCCGUUCGAGGCAAUGAUUCGCCUGCUGAAAACCUACAAAGACGAAGCUGUCCAACAAAUCUUCAGGUUCAGUUCGGUCCCUUGGUGCUCGCUGUGUCAAGGAGACCCACAUGAUCCCGUCUGUUUGCCCUGCGAGCACAUCUUCUGUGUCUCAUGUAUCAAAAAGUGUCUGGUCCCCUGUCAGAUGCAUGUCUGUCCUCACUGUAAGCAGGCACUUCCUGAUGACUUCACCCCUGUUCCCUCUGAAGACUUACGGGUUCGAGUUGAACAACACGCUUUGUUCAGGAAUCAGUGCAAUGCUUUCUUCAUCGACUUAGUGUCGAGCGUGUGCUUCAAGGACAACUCUCCACCAUGCCCAGCUGUCAUUCACCACUUGCUGUCUUUUCUUUUGGUGGAAGCCAGUGCUGCUCCUAUUCUCACCGAAAAUUGGCAAACAACAACCAAGGUGCUCUCUCCGUUUGGUGACUCUGCGGAUAAAAACCCAGUGUUUCGAUCAAGUCUGCUUAAACUUCUGCUGAAGUACAGUUUUGAGGACGUGAAAGAUUACCUGCAGCUACACCUACUGGCAGUCGAGCAGUGCCACAUACUAGAGAAAAAAGAGAAAACCAAACUGUACUGUAUCUACCUGGAUUGCCUGCAGGAUGCCAUGUUUGAGACUUUCCAGUUCAGGUCGGACACGGACAAGCAGGCGUGCAUGUGUCGCGAAACUCCCUUUCUGAGAUGGGUCCCGCAGCAGCUUGGCCCAUUGACGGAGGAGACGCUGGUCACAGUGGAGUAUCUGCAGCUGGUGGCGAGAGUGCGCAUUGACCUGGAUUUAGCUGCGACUAUCAUUGCUACCGACAUGCCGGACGGAGGAGAGCCGAGUCAAAGCGACCCCUUCCUGGAGAGUGUGGUGAACUUGUGUAGUCGCGGUGGCAACAAUUGGUAUCGUGUCUACUUGGUUCGUAAAAUAACCAGCCAAUGCGGAGUGGAGUUUGCCCAAGAGCUCCUAAAAACGAAUGGCAAGCACUGGCUAUUUCCUGAAGAAGUUCAACAAAAGGAUGGACAAGCCAUCCUAGUUGACCAUUAUCUUGUGUACGGGGAGCCCUACAAGAAAAUCAGAGAUGCAUUCUCAGAUGCAAUCGUAGCCAGCCAGUUGGACUGCCUCGAUAAGAUUUGCCAGGAGUGCACAACUUCACCACAGAGGGCAACGGUUUACCUGCUCUUGGCUCUGCACACAGAAGUGACCAACUCCUUUAGAAACGACAAUGUAUGUCUGCAUCAAGAUACGGAGCUUUUCUGUGCCCUGAUGAAUUUCAUUGACACUUCCAAAGUGCUUGCUAGCCCAAAGGUCAAGGCCUUUGCUCGUGCUCUGGUAACCAACCAUCCUGGGCCUUUGGAGGUCACGUCUGGAACAUCUGGGGACUAUUGUGCAUCCUUGGCAUUGGCUGUUCACCUGGCUGCUGUUUUGCUUUGCACAAACCAAAAGAUCGUAGCACCUCUGCAACAGCUAGCAAUUGAACCAAACACCAUGCAGGCCACCUUCUUGCCUACCAUGCCGCAGGACAAGUUAGCAGAGGCUCAACGAGCUCUGGGGAAUUCAGAACCACUCAGGUGGUACACGUGUCCAAAUGGUCACCCCUGCACGGUUGGAGAGUGUGGCUUACCUACGGAGAAACAGACUUGCCCUGACUGUCAAGCCCCCAUUGGUGGGGUACAUCACAUAGCCGUGAAGGAUUUUAGGCAACUCGAGAGCAGGAGUGACCGCACUCAGACGGGCCACAUACUUGGCGACCCUGGUCGAAGGGACAAUGCAGACAUGAUGGACACCAAGCACCUUUCCCCUGUUCCCUUCACAGUCAUUCGCAUGCUUACCCAUUUAGCCAUGCUGGUCGGCACCUUCGACCACUCACAGACUAUUGCUUCCAUCAUCAACCCUCCAGUCACUGAGCCGUGUUCAUUUCUACUGGCUCACCUGAAGAAAGACAAGGAGCAUCUUGGUAGAAGUCUGGGAAAAGGGACAGAUGACACAAUCGGCGCUGCUCACCUGCUCAUCAGUGGCCUCCUGGAACCUCAGCAGAGCUGUGACUCUUGGAGACUCUCCACCAAUGGCAAAAGAAAUGAAUGGGAGACACAAAUGAGCCUCUGCAUCACACCCAACCUGAAGCAUUUGGACAACCGACUGAAGGAAAUGAACGUAUCCAUCCAGACGGACUCUCAAAAUUCUGGCAAUCCCAUCAUGUGGCUACUGAGAGACAAUCCAGCUUCUUUUUUGCCUUCUCUUCGAGUUGAUUCCUCCCUCCAUAGUUCUGCAGUGUGGAGCUGCAAGGAGAAAGUGUCUCUGCAGCAUCUUAACCAUGCGGUGGAGCUGAACGAUGGCAAAGACACCCUUCCUGUGCUCUGGAGAUUUCUUAACAAGGAAGCAGAACUGCGACUGGUGAGGCACCUGCCUGACAUUCUGACUCUCCACAAAGAACUCCUUAAGCAGUUUCUAAACAUCACAGAAGAUUCAUGCGGCACCAUCGCCCAGUUCCUCAACAGCCAGACUGGUCCAUUCACAACCCAGUACAGGAAACACACCGACACAUUCCUUACGACCUGGAAUCAGCUCAGAUCCUCUUUGGCAACCUAUGGUGAUAUCAGAGUGCCCGCCGAGUUCUGCCAAAAUGACCUUGACACCGAGAGUGACCUCAAGGUGCUGUUACCGCAGCGGCACGGCCCCGGGUUGUGUUCCACCGCCCUGGUUAGCUACCUCAUCGGCCUGCACAAUGACAUGGUCAGAUGUGUGGACAAUCACACGGGAGAAAAGACCAGCUACGAGGUUAGCCCUGUAGAUUUGACAGACCAACAUGUAAUCCAAUACGAGCUGGACAGGGAUCUGAUGCCCCUGGUCCUCGCCAACACCCAGUACAGCGUGGAAAGGGGCCAGGAGACCCUUCGCGAGUACGAUUUGCCCAGGAUCCAGAAACAGAUUUUCUCCCGCUUCCUUCUGGGCAAACCAAUCAUCAACCUCAAUGGCAUCCCAACACUUGUGAACAGGCCCGACCGCAACUAUAACAUCCUGAAAAAUGUCGGAGAGAAAGUCAAACAAGAGCCUCUCACCACCCAGACCAUGUUGGCAAUGGCCAAGGAGCUCCACGACUACAGCGAGGCAUGCGAGGCCGUGUUCAUUUUGGAGUUGGCCCUGGGAUUCCUCGCCACGGAUGGGGGAGACUCUCACAUGCGGCUGUCCAGCUACCUGGAGGACGUACUGCAGAUGAGAAGCCAGAUAUCGGACAGUGUCUUCAAGGUCCUGAGUUGGUGCUAUUUGAAACAUUGUGUGGCCUUGUGGCAGAUGCUGAACUCUCUCAAAUCGGAAAUUAUGCUGAAGCUCAAUAUGGAUCCUUUUAAAAACGUUUGCAUGGAGUACAAGCAGACCCUCGGUGAUGAUGAGCGCCGACUACUGAGUUCUUUCUUCUAUGGGAGCAGCACAGACACCUUCCUGCUGGAGCUCCAUGACUUGCUGGUGCUGGAACUUAAGAAUCGCAAAGCACCAGAGGAACGCAAUCCAGAUUGGAGCCUGAUAGAGAUUCUGGACCCUUACCUGGAGGACAAGUACCCGGAUUUCCCAUCAGAAAUCCGCCUCUCUCAUUGUGUUGAAACAUGGAAGUUCAUCACUGCCAUCAAGAAAGAGCGUAUUAGCAGGCAAAUUGGAUAAUGGAAUGUUUUGUGCCUUCACUUUUUGCCAUCAUCCUUAUCUGUGACUGUUGAAGAUCAUUUGCACUCCACUCCACAGCAGAGCCUCCCAAUUACAAAUAUCAUCUGUUGUUUGCUGGUUGACUUUCAGACAAUAUUUGGAAAAUGGGCAGAAGUGUGAAUCUUGAGGUUCUGCUGUGGAGAAUUAGACUUUUUUUAAAAACACCUUGCAGGCUGUCUAGUGAUAAAAAAAAAUUAUGCAGCAAACGAUUGUCACUUUUUGCCUUUGAGGAUUGUUAUCAAUAUUUUGCCAAUAAAAGUUGUUUACAUUGUU